UCAGUAUUUAUUUCUCAAUCACCUUAGCAUUCUUCUAAUACAUAUUUCACCUUACUUGAGGACACUGUUGAGGCGUCGAGGUUUUAACAUGAAUUUUGGCUGAUUGACCUUUGUACAAACAUUAGACAGACUUCAGAAUUUUUUUAAAAGGGAAUAGAAUAUGUUUAAUCCCUGUACAGUACGAAACAAACGUUCGACUUUACGAGAUAUUGCCCCGAAGGAGAGCAAUACGUCUGUGCCUAAAAUACCUUUACCGGCUUCAAGAUUCAAAACGAAACAUAUAGAUGCUCUUUGCACAUUGAUGCAUCUUUGUUUAUUACGUGAAGAUUAUCACCGAGCGUUUCACGCCUUCUCUCUUUUGUUGCGGUCAAAAGGAGUAGAUAUCUGUAAAUUGUGGAACAUCGGUUUAGAAAUAUUGAAUCAAAUCAAACCUGAUGCUUCGACUGAAUAUUUGGAGCGUCUCAUCGCUCGUUUUCCUGCAAACCCAAAUAAAAACCGUACACAGCGUUCCUUAACGUCUGAGCAAUUUUUCCCUGCAUACAUAUUACUGCUAAUUCAGAGACAGGAAUACCAAAGAGCGAUGAAUGCGUUGAAUGAAUAUAUGCUUUCUCCUCCGUUUAACCAAAAUAAAGCUUUGUAUGAAUAUUCUGGAAUGCUGUGUUUUGAACUCGCCAAAAAUGAAACUUCUGAUGAUGAACGAGACCAAUGGCUUCAGAAGGCAAAGCAGAAUCUUCAUGAUGCGGGCAUCAAUUUGGAGUUAUAAAUAAUUAUUCUUACAACAUACUUGUAAAUUGGUUGGUACUGCUGGUUAAUACGAAACUUGAAAUCAGUAUAAUUUGUCAAUUUUUGUUAUACGUCGAGAUUUACGUUCGCCUAUUAAGGAACAAGACAAAAGAACAAGAAAAAUAAAAUAAAACAAAAAAUAAUAAUAUAUAAACCUAUACAAAAACCUAAUAAAAAAUGAUGAAUAUUAGUACAAUACACGCUCUGUAUCAAGAGAGAUUCGUGAAUCCAUCUUAAAUAAUUU